GGCAAGUCGGGUUAGGAGCACAGUAAGCUUGGGUCCCGACUGCUAAACUACAUCUGGGGACUGUCGCCUUCCUGCUAAAGUAGAGUGCGCAAAAACCCUACAAUACAAGAAACAGACACCUAGGAAUUAUAGUUCAGUCUGAGACUGAGAAAUACUGUCGGAUACUGUUCGUUUCACGAAGAAGGCUAAGGCUAUACAAACUGUCCCAAAGGUUUCAUAAGCUGUGGGAGAAACUGGCUGUUUCUUAGCGAAAGUACAUUACUGCAACCGAAUAUCACUCAGCGUUUCAUACUUAGGUGUUCUGUAAUACUGGUUGGUAGUACUAUACUGUACUCUGUCGAGCUAAAGGUUGGUUUACUAUUAAAAAACAGAAUUGCGUUAAUGUUUUAAAAGACAUUCAACUAGGAACUAAAAUGACUUCCAAGAAUGUUUCUCUCCGGAAUUAUAAAUGCAGGACGGCACCUGCAGUUUAAAGAUAAAAAGCGUCCAUCGCCGCCCUGACAUGUUUGCAAGGGGGUUACACCUGCAGCAGAGGCGGCUUCCCUUCUCGACCUCGUUUUGCGUCAGCUACAGCGCCGUGGAGAAUGACCAGUUUGGACUGUUACAUUUUAAUUGGCCGGUGCAGGGGGCCAACUAUCACUUACUGAGGACCGGGUGCUUCCCUUUCAUCAAGUACCACUGCUCCAAAGCACCCUGGCAGGACUUAGAAUUUGAAAACAAGUUCUUUACAGCUUUAAAAGUUAUUAAUUUAGGUAUCCCUACUUUAGCAUAUGGCAUCGGCUCUUGGAUUGUCGCAACAGUGCCCGAGACUGUGCACACAAGUUCAGGCCCUGUCACUGUGUAUUUUGCCUAUAAAGAGGAUGAAGGUGCUAUGUUUUAACUAGGCAUAAUAGAAAAGGUAUCUGCUAUUGUUGUACAUGUUGUAAUGUACAUGAUCCUGAUGUAUUUAUUGAAUUUGCAAUAAAUCACAAAUGUUUAAGAUA